ACAAUCUGUUCUCGAGCGUAAUUGUUGUUUAUUUUUGAAAAGUGCCACAGCCGGGAUUUAAGCGCGACGUUUUCUAAAGUCCCUUGAGAUGGCUAAAUACGUUGAGUGCAAGUGUAAGAGAGACAACAAAUUUUUAUGAAAAAUUAUUUCAAACAAAAAAUUAUAAUUUUGUUGUUGUCUUUUUAUGUAAAUUGGAUAAAAAAAUUAAUAAAACAAAAAACAACUUGUGAAUAAGUAUCUUUACGGUUUAAGUGAAAUGAAAAUUGAAUUUAUAAUAAUAAAAUAAAGAAAUAUUAUCAUGAACGUAUGAUUGUUGAAUGAUUAAAUUAUUAAAAAGAAGAAAAGGCCAAAAGCGCAAUUGCGUUUUCUACAUAUAAUUGUGAAUAAAUUAAUAAUAUUCAAAUAAAAUAAAUAUACAAAGAAGCAAUAUUAUAAGUGCUAGUGUAUGAAGAAUUUUUAUGAUAAAAAUAUAUGAAAUGAAAGAAAGUUUAAUGUAAUUUGAUUGUAAAUUGAAAACAAAUUCUUUUUUGCAUAAAAUAUAUACUCACACAUUUAAACUUACACUAGAAAGAGAGUGUAUAUGUGUAUGUAAAUAAAACCAAUAAUUAAAUAAAAAUAUUAAAAGAAAAAACAUUCAAAGUCUUAAUGAUUUAAAACAACAAAGAAAAAUCGUUAGAAACAUUGCUGGCUUGACAAAAACAAAACAAAUAAUAAACCAACGGCCAAAACAUAAAAUGCGAACAUCAUUAGAUUCAUUACCAACAUUAUUACAAUUGCCAACAUCGUUAUCAUAUUCAUCAUCAUCAUCGUCGUUGGAAGCAGCAAUGCAACAUCAAUACAAACAAAAACAUCAACAACAAUACACAUGUAAUAAUAAAAAUAAUAAUGAACAUCAAUCACACAAAAGAAUAGAAAAACGAAGAACAACAACGAAAGCGAUAGCAGAACAAAAUCUGAAAACAAUUCCUAAAACAACAGCAACAAAAGCGACAACAAUGUCGACGCCAAAGUAUGCGUCAGCAAAUGUACAACAACAAGAACUACCAAGAAGUACAACUACAGCAACAAUAGCUGCAACAUCAGCAGUUGAAGCUACAACAAUAAGAACAAAACCCUAUAAAGAAAAUGCAUUAAUAAAACAACAUUCGCGGCAUCAAAAUACAAAUAACACAACAGCAAUAACAACAGAUUCGAAUAUGAGAUCGAUUUCGAAUAAGAGUAGUAAUCGUCUAAGUGAUAAAACUGCCUUUAGCAGUUUCGCCACCAAAAGAUCAAUUUCCUGGUCCUACAACUCUUAUCCAGCUGGUCAAUUAGUACAAUGGAUAUUUUUAAUAUUAUUAAUAUAUUUAUCAAUGGAUUCCUCUGGUGUUUCAGCUACAUCCAAAGAAGCGUAUUUCAAUGGCUCAGCAUAUUUGCGUUUGUUGUCACCCAUGCCCAUAUGGGAUCAUUCCGCCAUAAGUUUUCGCUCAUGUCGUGGUGGUGAAAUUUUAGCUCAACAAUAUAAUAAAAACUCAAUAGUAAUCUCUGUGCUCAAUGACUUUUUGCAAAUAUCAUUGGCCGGUCCAGCGGUCAUAGGACCCAAUAAUCGUGUUGAUGUUAAGUAUUCCUAUCAUUUGUUAGACAACAGAUGGCAUACGUUACAAUUUAAAUAUGAAUAUGGAAAUUUAUAUUUAUAUAUUGAUCGUGAAUCGAGAAUAUUUGCAAACUCUACCUAUAAUAGUCAAUUUUUAACGAAUCAAGAUAUUGGCAACGAAGCGGCCAUUUUAAUAUUGGGCAACUCUUUUACCGGUUGCUUACAAGAUGGCCCUGGCUUACUGUUUAUUAACGACUCGAUGACUGUACAGAAUGCUGUUUUUGGUCCUUGCCCCUUGGGUAAUGGUCCUUGCUCAGAUUAUGAUAUUCCUUUGAGAAAUCAAGACUUUUGUGCUAAUGAUCCUUGUAUGGGUCAUGGUUUGUGCAUUUCUCACAACGAUGGCUAUGAAUGUCGUUGCACUGCCCGUUAUUCGGGUAAAAAUUGUCAAAUGGAUAAUGGCUCUCCCUGUGAUCGCAAUCCCUGCUCAAAUAAUGGCGCAUGUAUCGAAGAUAGUCGUGGCGAUUACCAGUGCAUUUGCACUCCCAAUCAUACCGGCAAACACUGUGAAACGGAAAUUAAUAUAAAUCCCCUUUGCCAAAAAAAUCCAUGUGUAAAUGGUGGUGCAUGUGUUGUAGCGCCUGGCAGUUCGAAUAUAGAAUGUGAAUGCCCCAAAGGUUAUAGCGGUACUCACUGUGAAAUCGACAUGGAUGACUGUGCCUCGCAACCUUGUCAAAAUAAUGGCAAAUGUAGGGAUUUGGUUAAUGGCUUUUUAUGCGAUUGUGCCAACACCGGUUUUAUGGGUCCUUUGUGUCAGACCAAUAUCGAUGAGUGUGAAGCGAACCCUUGCCACAAUGGCAAAUGUUUUGAUACCAAUGGCUGGUUUAUAUGCCAGUGCUCCGAUGGCUGGGGUGGCGAACUGUGUGAAAAACCUAUUAGUUGUCAAACUCAGCAGUGUUUGAAUGGCGGUUCAUGUGUGGACAAACCCAUAGGAUUCCAAUGUUCAUGUCUGCCGGGUUUCUCGGGUGAGCUAUGCCAACAAGGUCCACCACCUUGUCCUCAGUGUCCCAUAGAUUCAGAAUGUAUAGGAGGAAAAUGUAUAUGCAAGCCAGGAACUUCAGGCCCUAUUGGUCAUUGUAUACCGAUAACAACAACAACUACAAAUAUGCCACCCAUAACCCCCAGUAGUGCUACUUCCGUACUCGUUAGCAAUCAACAACAAUCCCGUUCAGCUCAGUUGACUGCAUGUUCCUCUGAUAAGUGUUUGAAUGGUGGAACUUGCCAAGGUUAUGCCACCAAUUACACUUGUAUUUGUGCUAGUGGAUAUAAAGGCUUUAAUUGUGAAUUACCCUCUAAUGAUGUCUUGCCUUCGAGUAUACCCUUGUCGGGAUGCAAGUGUCUAAAUGGUGGCACUUGUACUCUGAACGGUACCCAUUGCUAUUGUCCCACUGGUUAUUCUGGUGAAAGAUGCGAAAAAUUGGAAUCCUGUUCGCUGGCCAACUGCCAAGAGCCAAUGGUAUGUUCUCAAAAUAAAUGCAUUUGUCCGGAAAACAAAAUCUGUACAUCCUGUGCUUCACAACCUUGUCGCAAUGGUGGUGUUUGCUCCGAUUUACCCAAUGGAGAUUAUGAAUGUAAAUGUCCCGCUGCUUGGACCGGUCGUAAUUGCAUAAAAGAUGUUGACGAAUGUCAAAUAUCGCCGAAAAUAUGUGGCAAUGGCAUUUGUAAAAACGAGGAGGGUUCUUAUAAAUGCUAUUGUACUCCUGGCUUUACCGGCAUUCACUGUGAUUCCGAUGUUGAUGAAUGCUUAAGUCAUCCCUGCCAAAAUGGAGCAACUUGUCAUAAUAAGUUGUUUUUCUUUAAAUUUGGAAAGCAUCGGAUAUUAAGACAAAUUAAUGCUUACGAAUGUGUUUGUCCACCUGGUUAUAUGGGUCCCAAUUGUGAAAUCGAUAUUGAUGAAUGCGCUAGCAAUCCAUGUUCUAAAGGUUCGACUUGUGUUGAUUUAAUUAACAAUUUCACCUGCUCCUGUAUACCUGGUAUGACGGGUCGUUUCUGUGAAAUUGAUAUUGAUGACUGUAUCUCGGGGCCGUGUCAACAUGGCGGAAAAUGUAUCGAUGAAUUGGGUGGUUUCCAUUGCAACUGUAAUUCUACCGGCUAUGAAGGACGUUAUUGUGAAUCGAAUAUAGACGAGUGUGCCACUAAUCAAUGUGUUAAUGGAGCCGAAUGUAUAGAUGAAGUCAAUGACUAUUCAUGUAAAUGUUAUGAUGGAUUUAGAGGAAAGAAUUGUGAUAUUGAUAUCAACGAAUGUGAAAGUAAUCCCUGUCAGUAUAACGGCACCUGCUUAGAGAGGUCAAAUAUAACCUUGUACAAUCUUGCUCAUACGAUGGACUUGCCAAGUGUGUUUAGUCAGACGUUUAGUUUCGAAAAUGCCAGUGGUUAUGAGUGCGUCUGUGUGCCGGGCAUCAUGGGAAAGAAUUGUGAAAUUAACAUUAAUGAAUGCGAAAGUAAUCCUUGUAGCAAACAUGGCACUUGUAAUGAUGGUAUCGGCUCCUAUACUUGUGAAUGUGAUCCUGGUUUCGAGGGCACUCAUUGUGAAAUCAAUAUUGAUGAAUGUGAUCGUUAUACUCCGUGUGGAGCUCAUGGCACCUGUAUUGAUCAGACUAAUGACUAUGAGUGUGAUUGUGAUGCCCAGUAUGGCGGCAAGAAUUGUUCAGUGCCUUUAAUUGGUUGUGUUAGUGCUCCUUGUUUAAAUGGCGGCAUUUGUAAGCCAUAUUUGGUUAACGAAACUGAGCAUUUAUUCAACUGUUCCUGCCAACAUGGCUAUCAGGGUGAUACGUGUGAAAAAACUACCACAAUUUCCAUGGUUGUAAGCAGUUUGAUUACAGUUAAGACCCAGCGUGAGGAAGGCUAUGACAUCAAUUUACAAUUCCGUACCACAUUGCCAAAUGGUGUAUUAGCAUUCGGAACAUCGGGUGGUCAAAAUGAGCCAGUUAGCUAUAUUCUGGAAUUGAUCAAUGGCCGUUUGAAUUUACACUCCUCUUUGUUGAACAAAUGGGAGGGUGUUUUCAUUGGUUCCAAUUUGAACGAUAGCAAUUGGCACAAGGUGUUUGUAGCCAUUAACACUUCGCAUUUAGUGUUGUCAGCUAAUGAUGAACAAGCUAUAUUCCCUGUUGGAUCCUAUGAAACCUCUAAUGGUAGCCAACAACCUUCAUUCCCUCUCACCUAUUUGGGCGGCACUAUACCAAACUUGAAAUCCUAUCUGAGACAUUUAACACAUCGUCCUUCUAGUUUUGUCGGUUGUAUGCAAGAUAUUGUAGUAAAUGGCAAAUGGAUCUUCCCCGAAGAACAAGGUUUGGAUGAUAACACAAAUUUAACGCAUAUACAAAGCGGUUGUCUACGCACCGAACAGUGUAAUCCAAAUCCUUGUAACUCUAAUGGUAAAUGUACCGAUCUCUGGCAUACAUUCUCCUGUACAUGUCAGAGACCGCACUUUGGAUAUACUUGUAAAUACAAUAUAACUGCCGCUACAUUUGGCCAUGAGAAUACUUCACAUUCGGCAGUCAAAGUGGAGACAAAUGAUGCUGCUCGUAGGGCUAUACGUUCUGUUUUGGAUAUUUCCAUGUUCAUACGUACCAGACAGCCUACCGGUCAGGUCUUCUAUUUGGGCAGUGAUCCUCGUAAAACAGCCUCUAAAGGAGCCGAUUCAGGCAGUUCGUAUGUGGCUGCAAAACUGCAAGGUGGUGAGUUAUUGGUAAAAAUGCAAUUCAAUGGCACUCCCGAGGCUUACACUGUGGGCGGCAAUAAAUUGGACAAUGGCUACAAUCACUUGAUCGAAGUUGUACGCAAUCAAACUUUGGUGCAGGUUAAGCUAAAUGGCACCGAGUACUUCCGCAAAACACUGUCAUCGACAGGUUUACUGGAUGCACAGGUGCUUUAUUUAGGUGGACCUGCUCCUACAUCGGCCAGCAGUGAGACUACCGCUACUGUUGUACCAGGUUCCGAAAUUGGCACUGAAUAUUCCACUGUCAAACCUGAAGAUUAUUUCAAGGGCAUCAUUCAAGAUGUCAAGGUAAGCAAUGGCUCACACACUAUGAUUGUGGAAUUGUAUCCCUUGGAGGAGGAAGAAAUUGCUUUACCACCACCUUUUGGUGUUAUAACCAUCGAUCGUUCAUCGGUGUUAAAGGGUGAAGUUUCGGAUGAUUUGUGCCGUAAAAACCCCUGCCGUCACAAUGCCGAAUGCCGUAACACCUGGAAUGAUUAUACAUGCAAAUGUCCUAAUGGCUAUAAGGGCAAGGAUUGUCAAGAGAUAGAGUUCUGUCAAUUGGUCACUUGUCCGGGCAGCAGUGUUUGUCAAAAUCUGGAUGAUGGUUAUGAAUGUUUAACUAAUAUUACUUUCAGAGGCAAUGAAAAAGCACCCUUGGCCUUUACUUUCUUCAAGGAGCAAAUUAACGAUGAAUUGAAACCCAAAUUAAAACCCGUAAUAGAAAUAGCUUAUCGUACUCGGGCAGGUGGUACCUUGUUGUAUGUAGAAAAUCAACAUAGUUUCUUUGAAAUUGGUGUGAAUCAAGGUCUAGUAACGGUUACUUGGAAAUUCAAUCAAGACUCCUUGGGUGAUACCAAACGUUUCAGCAGAGAUAAUUCUGAUGGCAUAGAAUGGAGUAGAAUCUACUUAAGGGCCCAUAAUGGUAAGCUGGAGGGCGGUUGGAAGGGAUGGGAAAGUAUGGUAGAUCCCUCUCCUGCGUUUUCCGCCGACAUAGAUAUGAAUGCCUUCCAAGAUUUAAUCUCAAGUGGAGAAGCAGUAUAUUUAGGAGGCAUGCCAGUGGUUAGUCAAAAUCCUCAAGCUCGUGCCAUGGUAUCUUCUCAGCAAGGCUCUCAAUUUAAGGGUUGCUUGGGCGAAGCCAGGGUAGGUGAUCUGCUAUUGCCCUACUUCACCAAUGAAGAAAUGUAUCCAAGAACUGAAAAUGUUUCGGUACAACCGCAAAUACAAUUCCGUUUGAAUUCUACGCGACCAGAUGAGGGUUGUAUUUUAUGUUUCAAAUCGGACUGUAAAAAUGGCGGAACCUGUAGUUCUCCUACCGAGGAUUAUACAUGCACCUGCCUGCCGGGCUACGAUGGCGAUGAUUGCUCUAAUGAUAUUAACGAAUGUGCUAUGGCGACAUGUGAAAAUAAUUCCACUUGUAUCGAUAAAGUGGCAGAUUUCCUGUGCGAUUGUUUACCUGGUUAUGAUGGACGUUUUUGUGAAAAUAAUAUUGAUGAAUGUGCCUCGCAGCCUUGUCAUAAUGGAGGCAAUUGUACAGAUCUUAUAGCAGCGUUCCACUGCGAUUGUACCGAUGAUUAUGCUGGUCCGCAAUGUGAUAUCUUGAAGCAGGUUACUUGUGAAAAUCAACCUUGCAAGAAUAAUUCUACCUGUCAGGAUGGCUUUAACUCUCAAACGAGUAAUAAUUUCACUUGUACUUGUAUGCCCGGCUUUGAAGGAGCUGUUUGUGAUGUGGCCUUUUGUGAAGUAACACCAUGUCAACAUGGAAGUUUAUGUAUUAGCACUGAGAUCCCUAUGUGUCAAUGUAGUUUAGGUUACACGGGACGUUUUUGUGAAACAGAUAUUGAUGAGUGCGAAUCGAAUCCCUGCUUGAAUGAUGGCAAAUGUACAGAUCUGGUGGGCAGCUAUAAAUGUAAUUGUAAUAACACUGGCUUCGAAGGGGAUAAUUGUGAAAUUGAUAUAGACGAAUGUGCUAUGAGUGUGGAAUACUGUGGAGGUUUAGGUAGAUGUAUAAAUCAACCGGGAUCCUUUAAAUGUAUAUGUCAGGAUUCAUUUUGUGGAGCGUAUUGUAAUUUCACUGACCCCUGUAAACAAGAAGGACAACAGUUGUGUAUGAAUGGUGGCAAUUGUAUUGAAGCUUGCGGUGAUGAGGCUGAUUACUAUUGCAAUUGCACAGAGGGUUAUACGGGCAAAAAUUGUACAGUACUUAUCACUUCUCGCGAGGAACCCAGCACUGCCGAUAUAGCCAUUAUUGUUAUACCGGUUAUAGUGGUAUUACUUUUAGUGUGCGCCGGCUUGUUGGUGACAUUUUUGGUAAUGGCUCGAAAUAAACGUGCCACUAGGGGCACCUACAGUCCUAGUGCUCAAGAAUAUUGUAAUCCUAGACUUGAAAUGGACAAUGUUUUAAAGCCACCACCGGAAGAAAGACUCAUUUAGUCAAAUUUUCUAUACAUACUUUUUUUGCAUGCAUCUCUAAUGUUAUUUAUUUUACGUUUUAUUUAAAAUAUUUUAAAUUUAAGCGUUUUUUUACAAAAUUUAAACUGAUAUAAAAAAACGAUAAAAUUUUCUUUUAAAAACAUUCCGCCCAUUUUCUAGCUAAAAAAAAGAAAACUCUUUUAUAAUUUUUAAUUAACGUUUAACGAUAUACUAAGUAUAAUAUUAACUUUAUAUUUUAAAACAAGAAAGAAAAAUUCUUAAAUAAGGUUUAAAAACCAAAACUCAAUUCUGAAUACUUUUUCUUUCUGUAUAAAAGGAAAUUUAAUUUGGACUAUUUUAUUUUAUAAUUUAUAGCUAUAUUAAACCAUUAAGUUAGGUGCCAAUAAGUCUAUCUUCCUAUUUUUGACCAAUAUAUAAUUAUAUCUUAUAAAUAACCAGCUUUUUAGUGAAAAUUUAACAACUAAUAUUUUCUAUUGUUUUUCUUAAAUUAAAAAUAUCUGAAAUUAUUAGACUCAGUUAAAUUAAAAUAAUUUGGAUGUUAUUUUUAUACUAUUUAACAAAUUGUUUUUUGUAACAAUUAAAAAAAAAGAAACAAAUGGUUUAGACAAUGUGUUUAAGACAGAGUGUUCCUAGAAUGAGUUUUCUUAAUUGAAAUAACUCUAUGGAGUAGUAUAGUAUACCAGUGAAUUGAAUAGUGGUCAAACUCUGUUAUAUGUUACUUUUUGAUAUUCCAAGAUUAAAAUCAAUCAAUAAAUAACAUCCAACUUGUUAGACAAUUUCUUUAUAUUAUUAAACAUAUUUGUUAAUUAGUAAUUGGACAAUAUUUAAAGAAAAUAUAAAUUCCUUUGUUAGAUAUUGUUUCUUUAGCACUUUGUUUAAAUUGAUUCCACAAUUAUUAAUAUCUAAAGAUAUUUGUUCGAAGAUUAGAAAAAAAGCUUCUACAGAAAUCAAAUAGAAUUUCUAAAACUUGUAUAAAAAGCUCUAAAAGUCAUAUUUUGAUUCAAAAAUACAAAUUUAGUCUUUUUUACUAAUCGAGUUAUACAAAAAAUUCUUCUUACGAAUUCGCAGAAUUCCAACAAAAAAAUUGACAAUAGUUGAAAAACAUACAUUUUAUGAAUACUGAUAACUGUUAGCAAUUGUACUAAAAUUAGAAAAAAAUAAUUGCUUCAUUGUGUCGGUCGCACUCACUCUCUAUCUAAAAUUCUACUACCUUUUCGCAACAUGUACUACUUGUUUUGUAUAUAAAUGGAUCAAAUCUAUCAUGUUUAUAAAUUUUUAUUUAAUUAUCAUUAUUAUUUUUAUUAAUCUUUAUAUAUAAGUCAAACUAUUAUUUUUCUUUUUUGUGACUUCUUAA